CUGUUACGAAGURCAUAUCCAUUAUAGAUUCAUUGUAUAUAUUAUUUCUACAAAAAAUGUCACAUCUUCGUGGAAGAGCAAAAAACAUUGCUCCACGUUCUCAUAAUGAGCAAAUGAGCCGUAACACCGAUUGAACAAAACAGGAGAAGAGCACAACUAAUGCCAAUGUAAGAGAACAAAUAGAAAACUCACGUGCAAAUGACAAUUCAGAGCAACGCAAUCAACGUCUUCUUGCUAAUACUCGUACAUUAAGGCAACGAGAGGCACGCCAACGAGUGUCCGAUGCUCGCUGAGCAAAUGAACGACAGUGGAACCAAAAUCGUCGAGCAUAGACACGAGCAUCAUUCAAUCAUCUUGCUUUUGAAUAUGAUCCUGAAGUAGACUAUUCAUCACAUUCGUUAAUUAUGAUUGGUAGUAUGGACAGUGAAUGUCAAUAUUGUCAUGGUUUUAAAUACAAAGGUGAAUCGACCGAUUUAUGUUGCACAUCUGGAAAAAUUUCUCUGCCAUCACUAAGUACACCACCAGAACCUUUCUCAAUCAAAGUUAUUUUUGCGUAAAAUCCGUAUAUUUAAUUCUUGCUGCCUAAUGACCUCUUUUGGAGCUACAAAAAGUGUUCAUAAUGAAGAUGGUCGCUAUUUUGAAUCUACAUUCAAGAUUGAAGGUCAAGUGUACCACCAAAUAGGUUCAUUGCUUCCAAUGCCUGAUGGCGAUCCAAAACUCUUACAAAUUUACUUCACUGGAGUUGAGAAAAACAAGAUUGCAAAACGACAACUACGUCAUUGUCAUUAAAGCGGACAAAGUGCCUAAUAGAGAGCACGCAGGCACAUAUAAUGUUCCAAGUGUGAAUGAAGUUUCAGUUGUUAUGGCUGGUGAUCCAACUGAGCGUCGAGAUAUACGUAUACAACGCAGAGAUAAUACAUUGCAAAUAAUUCAAGACAAUCAUCGUUCUUAUGAUGCACUGCAGUAUCCGUUGAUAUUUUGGGAAGGAGAAGAUGGAUAUCAUUUAAAUAUUAAACAAAGUAAUCCAACUACAGGUGAUGUACUAACCAAGAAAGUUAUGCAUAAGGGUGAUAAUUCGUGCUAAUGAAGAUAAUAACAUUCUCCAAUGCCGACAGCUAUUUCAUCAGUAUGUUGUCGAUAUGUAUGCCAAAAUUGAAAGUGAGRGAAUGCGAUACCUUAAGUUUAAUCAAGGAAAACUUCGUUCUAAGGAGUACGUUCAUUUGCGUUGCCAUUAUUGGUAACGUAGAUGGAACAAAUAACAUUAACAACAUCGGCACCGCAUAUAUUCUUCCAUCAUCAUAUACUGGUAGCCCGCGCCAUAUGCAAGAAUAUAUUCAAGACGCCGUGACUUAUGUCAAACGUCGAUGUAUCACCACGAUAUCACUGCACGCGUGUUCAAACAAAUAWUAAAAUCUUUAAUAAAUUUAAUUACACAUUACUCGGUAUUUGGCGAAACAUGUUGAUGGCUUUAUCCUGUAGAAUGGCAAAAACGAGGAUUCUCACAUGCGCAUGUUUUGAUUUGGUUAGUAGAUAAAGUGCGCCCAGAAGAAAUCGACCAUAUUAUUUCAGCGGAAAUUCCCGAUCCGAAUGUUGAUCAAAAAUUA